AUGCAGCCGGCGCAGAGGGGCGGGGAGCCAGGGGCGACCUCCUCGACCAGGGGCGUGCGCGCGGCGCCGCACAUGUGGCAGAACCGGGACGCGGCAGAAGGGGUAGUCGGCGCCGCAGCGGCACGCAUCGAGCGGGCCGUGGCCCUCGCGGCGGGCGGUGCCCACCAGGCCAGGAGGAUUGCGCCUCAGCAGGCCCUCCACGCGCUCGUCCAGGCCGGACACGAUCUGGAGGUUCACCUCCUUGUCCUUGAGGUUGGUCACGAAGUACUCGUCGAACCUCAGGGUGUGGACCGCCUCCUCGGCCGACUUGUGCAGCCACGCGUCGCAGAGGUACUCGCGGAGGCGAGCCUGGCCGUCGCUGCCGCCGAUAUGCCAUACACCUGGGCACGAAGAUCUUCGGGAGAGGCCUCCUCGAGCCCCUUUGCGGUGAUCCUGCGCAUCGACGUCCAGGCCUCUACGCUUGGCCAGAAGCGCCGGUUGUAG